AUGUCCAAUGAAACAAGCUUGGUCUUUGUUCCGGGCGCAUGGCAUAAGCCAUCAUGUUACGGCAAAGUAAUGGAACAUUUACGAAGCCAACAUCAUUUGAGAUGCAUUCCCGUCACGCUUCCAACAACAAUGGAUAACCCAAUGGCAACAUUCAAAGACGAUGUUGGCGCCGUCCGUUCUGCUAUCAGGCAGGAAACAGAAAACGGCCGUGACGUGAUUGUCAUUGCGCAUUCCUAUGGAGGAACGGUUGGGAACAGUGCCGUUAAAGGUUUCUCGAAGCCAACCUUUGUACGCGAGGAGUCAUCCAUAUCAAGCCAGAGUUCAAUAUCAACAGCUACGUCCAGCAAACGAAUUCCAGAGACAGGACACGUUGUCGGUCUUGUUCUCAUUGCUACCGGAUUUUGCUUCACGGGGCUCACCUUUAUGGACCACUUUCUCAACAUCACUCCUCCAUUCUUCCGCGUCAACAAAGAGACUGGGUUCGCAGAUCUCGCAGUUCGUCCUCAGAAGUUCUUCUACCACGAUCUACCGCCUGCCGAGGCAGAUCACGCGACUUCUAUGCUCACCACGCAAAGCCUUAGAGCAUUGUUUGAAGGUAGUGAGUAUUCGUACUCCGGGUGGCUGGAUGUACCUGUAUGGUUCAUCGGAACUGUCGAAGAUCAGGGGCUGCCAAUCGUCGUGCAAAGAGCUCAGAUUGGGAUGGCGAGGAUGUUGGGUGGUCGCGUGGUUUAUACCGAGCUGAAGACAAGCCAUUCGCCAUUCUUAAGCCAGCCAACGCAGGUUGUGCAGAUCAUGCUUCAGGCUUUUGAGUCAUUCACGGGCACAAGAGCCGACGAAUCGCCAAAGGCACUCGAAGUAGCAAACAAGCCAUUCAUUCCUCUAGUGAGCCCUUGGCAACCUACAACAUGGUUUCGAAAGGUCAAGAGCUUGUGGAGUUUUCAGUCCGGGGAGACAAAGGCGGACUAG